CAAGCCCGCGGGGUCUCCCUCAACCCGGGAGGGGAGGGGCACCUGCCCCGUGGGGGCCGGCCCGCCCUCGUGCUAUUUAGGGGAGCGCCGGCAGCCAGCUACAGGUUUCGUAGCGCCAUGGAGGGUGGUGACAUCGAGAAUCCCGUGUUCGAACCGCCCAGCCCUGAGUCCGGCCGCCAGCGCCAGGCGAGCCCCUCCGGCACGGACUCACCGGCUGAGGAGGGGCCCUGCGGGUGGAGCAGCUGCGCGCCAGAGGCUUUGCAGCUCUGCAACAACGCCGAGGGCUACCUGGCCGUCUACAGCCUCCUCGCCGUCUUCCAAGGUAUUGUGGUAAAUGGCCUUGUUAACGUCAGUAUUUCAACAAUUGAGAGGCGUUAUGAGUUGAACAGUUCCCUCACGGGCUUAAUGUCUGCUAGCUAUGACAUUGCUUUUUGUAUAUUGUCACUAUUUGUAUCUUUCUUUGGAGAAAGAGGACACAAACCACGAUGGCUUGCUUUCUCAGCAUUCUUGCUAGGAUUGGGCUCCCUUAUAUUUUCAUUACCACACUUCAUUAGUGGAAAAUACCACUUUGGAGCUAAACUUGAAGACACGUGUCAGAUUCCAGGAGCAAGCUCUACUAACUUUACUUGCAGUGCCAGCACAAAGUCUUCACUUCAUAAAUAUCUACUUGUCUUUAUGCUGGGACAGCUGCUGCUGGGAGUUGGAGGAACUCCGCUAUAUACUUUGGGGACAGCUUUUAUUGAUGAUAGUGUCCCAAAACACAAGUCUUCCCUUUAUAUAGGAAUUGGCUAUGCCAUGUCACUGCUGGGUCCUGCUAUUGGCUUUGUCUUAGGAGGGCAGCUCCUUAAUAUUUAUAUUGAUAUCCAGAUCCCAGAAAGUACAAAGUUGGAUCAAGAUGACCCACGUUGGCUUGGAGCAUGGUGGAUACCGUUUCUUGCAUGUUCUUUUGCUAUUUGGCUUCUUAUAAUACCUUUUUCAUGCUUUCCAAAACACCUACCAGGAACUACAAAAAUUCAGGCUGAAAAAAUCUCUGAGACACAUAAUGAUGGAAGUGCGGCACUUGUUGAGAACCAGAAUAUUGGAAAAAGUUUUAAAGACUUUCCUGUGGCACUUCUGAUACUGUUGAAGAAUCCAGUGCUUAUGAGUCUAAUAAUAGCCAGUUCUUCAGAAGCUUUAGUUGCCACUGGCUUUGCCACAUUUCUACCAAAGUUUAUAGAAAAUCAGUUUGGCAAGACGUCAAGUUUUUCAGCAACUCUUGGAGGGCUUGUGUUAGUUCCAGCAGCAGCACUAGGCCAAAUCAUAAGUGGCAUCUUGGUUUCCAAGUGCAAAAUGGAUUGCAAAAGCAUUAUCAAGUUCAUGACGGGCACUUGUUCAGUGGCCCUACUAUUCAACUCAGUGGUUUUAUUUGCUAAAUGUGGGAAUGAACCCUUCGCAGGUGUCUCUGAAACAUAUAAUGGAACAGGUGUGCUCUAUGACUUAACAGCACCAUGUAAUGCUAACUGCAGGUGUUUGCGUUCCAUGUACUACCCAGUUUGUGGCAGAGAUGAAGUCCAGUACUUUUCUCCCUGUUUCGCAGGAUGUGCAUCACAUCUCUUUAACAACGUGAAAAAGACGUACCACAACUGUUCCUGUAUUGGGAAACCAAAAAGAGAAAGUGAUUCAGAAGACUUUUUUUAUGAGGCUGUCCCUGGGAAAUGUCCAACACAGUGCAAACUUCUACCUUUUUUCCUGACCUUCUUCUUUUUUGCUGUUGUUUUUACAUGUAUGGCUAUUACUCCAACAACUGUGGCCAUUCUCAGGUGUGUGCCAGAUAAACAGCGCUCGUUUGCUCUUGGAGUACAGGAAGUAUUUCUGCGACUGCUGGGUACUAUUCCUGGACCAAUUUUGUUUGGUGUUGCUAUAGACAAUAGUUGUACUCUGUGGGAUUUUAAUGAAUGUAAAACUAAAGGAGCCUGUUGGGUUUAUGACAAUGAAAGAAUGGCUUAUCUUCUGAUGGGCAUAAGUCACUGCAACAAGGACUCUUCUAUUCUUUGCAUUCAGGUACUGCUUGCAAAAUCAUCACGAUCAUCUUUGUGUUCACGGCAGGAUGUUUGUAUAAGCCUCCUUCAGCAAGUGCAGACCUGUCAUAAAAGGAUUCAGAAAUGGUAUCUGCUAUACACACUUGAAUCGUGAGCAGACUGGGAGGCCUUUUGAAGGAAGCCAAUAAAAAUAAGCACUGUUACACAGUGCUUGUACCAAUGUUCUUGUACACCAUUACCCAAGUGUAAAAGAUCAUAUUCAAUUCUUGAACAACUUAAAAUAUUUGUGAAAGUGUAAUAUUCUUUAACUUGCUAAACAUAAUUUUUGGUGUUCCAUUGUGUGUAUCCAAAAAAGUGACACUUAAAUUUGCAGUCUAAUUUUAAAUGUCUUUUAUAUACCUUAGGUGAAACAAGGUGGAAUACUUCAAUCAAAAAGAAAAACCCGAACAAUAUAGAAGAAAUGGACUGAACUAGGCUGACUGAGAGCCCCAUUUCCUCCUGCUUAUAAAAUAAUACCUAAGUGAGACUGUAGUGGGAGAAAACAAGUCGCUUGAUAUAUUAAAGAGAACUAUGGAUAUUUAAAAUGGACUUAUUUUAGUGUGCAUAUAAUUCUGGGCUACUGCCUUUGGGAGUUUGACUGUAGAUAGACUUGGGAGUGUGCAAGUAUGUUUUAGAUAUUUUUAAAUGUUACCUGAAUGGCGUAGUUUACUUUUUAGCAUUUGUAGAAAAAUAUAAAUAGUUAUUAUAGGAUAGCUGGGUUAUAACAGUAAAAUGUUUGUUAAUUUAAGUGCCUUAGUUUCUAUCAGGAAUAUAUACAAAAGGUUAAUGUCCAGCUGCAUUCUUUAGCCGUUGUUAACAUUUUUCUAUACAAUUUUGAAUUAAAACCAGUUUUCUUAUUACUUUUCUGUAUUCUUUGUCCUUUCUAAGUGGCUGAGUUUUAGGCUUCUCAACUCCAAGAAUCGCAGUGCUGAAAGUUAACAAAGAAUACAUAUGCAAGCAUGAAAAUUGGGAAAAUAUAGCUUUAGUUAUUCCUUUUUACUUACACACUGCAUACUAUUAAAACUGCAUUUAUAGCACAUCCAUUGCACUGUACAAAUUAGCCACAUUCACUAUAUUGCCUGCUACUGGUAUAUCAUUCGGUAUUAACUGGAAAUAUUUAAUGAGCGAGGUAUCCUCUGCAGUUGCCUUACUUCAUUAACUUCAUUAGCGUAAACUUUCCUUCUAUUGCACUGGCUGUGCAUGUCUUUCUUACAUAGCCAUAUGUGCCCUUUUCAUCUGGUUAUAUGAGCUCUACUUGUUGACUCUACCAGGAGUUUUAAACAUGCUGCAACAAAGAAUUGUGGCAUAUGGGUCAUGUUUCAUCUAAUUCUUUAAAUGCGGCUGUUAAGGCUUAAGUAUACAACUCCAGAAGAGGACUUUCUUGAACCGUACAGAAAGUAGAGUGAAAUAGACUACACCUCCUGAAAGCACUAGACUUAAUGGCUUUUGAAGCAAAGGAGGAAAGACGUAGAAUACAACUGAAUUCAUGCUUGCUGUACUUAGUUGAAUGUCUCCCUAUAACAUGCUUUCCUGAUAAAUGGACUCAUGGCAAGAUGGGCAGGUUCCCUUGAAGUACUAGAUACUAAUCUUCCGUAACAUUUGGGAACACGGUCUAAAAGUCUGAAUUUGUUUUCCAGCUCUGACAUAGUUUGUGUGGGGUAUAGCAAAUCUCUAAAUUGUAGUAAAGAUACAGUAUGGUAGCUAAACUGGUAAACUUGUUUCUCUUGUUUUGUCUUAAGCUGCGAGAUCAUGGUUUACAAUUCCUGCUGUCAAACAGAUUACAAAACUUGUGGGGAGGAGUGAUGCAAACUUCCUCUUCUGAGGAAAUUAUCUGCAAUUGUAGUUGCACUGGAGUGCUUAUUUGGGCGGAGAAGGAAGGAAUUAUUGCCAUGAUGUAAAAUUACAGUUAAUACUCAGGGCUGUUGCAAUUCAUAGUUGAAAUAUCACC